AUGGACCAGCCAUUGGUCACCCACAUCUUCACAGCGGAUCCUUCUGCCCACAGCUUCAAUGGCAGGCUCUACGUCUACCCUUCCCACGAUGUCGAGACCGAUAUCGAAGACAACGAUAAUGGCGACCAGUAUGCUAUGAACGACUACCACGUCUUAUCGAUGGAUGAUGUUGGGACCCAAGUCCAAGAUCACGGUGUCGCCUUGGCUCUGGAAGAUGUCCCGUGGGCCUGCAAGCAGCUCUGGGCUCCAGAUGCGGCCACCAAGAACGGCAAAUACUACCUGUAUUUCCCCGCGCGGGACAAGGCGGGCGUCUUUCGCAUCGGCGUUGCCGUGAGCGACGUUCCGGAAGGACCGUUCAAGCCGGAAGCGAGGCCGAUCGAGGGCAGCUAUAGCAUCGAUCCCGCGAGCUUCGUGGACGAUGAUGGAGAGGCGUACCUGUAUUUCGGUGGGAUCUGGGGUGGACAGCUUCAAUGCUGGAUCAAGGGCGAGUUCGAUAAGGAUGCAUACACCAACAUGGAAGCAACGAGCGGGCCGGCCUACUAUCCCCGCGUGGCGCGUCUGAGCAAAGACAUGCUUCAAUUCGACGGCGGGGUCAAGGAGCUCGUCAUCCUCGGGGCGGACGGCGAGCCUCUCCCCUCUUACGACCACGAGCGACGCUUCUUCGAGGCUGCGUGGAUGCACAAGUAUAACGGCAGAUACUACUUCUCCUACUCGACUGGCGAUACUCACUACAUCUGUUAUGCCACCGGCGAGAGCCCGUUCGGCCCUUUCACCUACGCGGGCAGGAUUCUGGAGCCGGUGGUAGGCUGGACUACGCACCAUUCUAUCGUGGAGCACAAGGGGAAAUGGUACCUGUUCCAUCACGAUUCAUCCCUGUCGAAGGGGGAGAACCACUUGAGAUCUGUGAAGGUCAAGGAGAUUUUCUACAACAAAGAUGGGGGGAUGCAGCUCACACCGGCGUAG